CGCUGUGGAGCUGUUAUCAACAUCAAUACGACUGGACUAAUGCAUGGAAACCUCGACCUUCCCGCCUAUCCAAGGACGCAGCCACCUUACUCUUCUGGACAGGUUUCAGUUUCUCAUGUUGGACUUGAGUGCACCUGGAAUAUACACCUGCCUGUUAUCAAUUUUAUUGGCACAGAUUCUGCAACAACAGGAGAGAAUUUAAACAGAUCUUUUGGUUUCGGGCCUUCAAGGCACCAUCACCUUCUGUUUAUGCUUGACCUGAGUCAGGCUGUUGAGCAAAUACAACGCUAUCAAAAGUCGAAAGACUUUUCAACAAUCCAAGCUGGUUGCUACAUGUGGAUUAAGGUCAAAUUGUAG